UGCCUUGCUUCGUUUUCAAGUUUGGUUCUCCUCUGCACUGGCAAAGGUACAAAAUGCUGGUUCAAUGACCAUGGUGUUACUGGGCUGACCUGAACCCCAUAGGAGUCUAUGGGCUGUUGUCAAGAGGAAGAUGUCUGAAGAAGAAUUAUCCCAGGGACCUACCAACUGUCAGCGUGGUGCUGAUCUACAUGAACGAGGCUCUUUCUGUUAUUAAAAGGGCAGUACGGAGCAUCAUCACUCACACACCACAGCACCAGCUGAAGGAGAUCAUCCUGGUGGAUGACUACAGCACUUACAAUGACCUUGGGAAACCAAUACAAGACUACAUAGAUGAGAUUCAUGAGGAAAGGCCUGGACUCGUAAAGAGAGUGCGCCAUAUGAAACAAAUGGGCUUGGCCCAGUCCCGGAUCUCAGGCUGGGAGCAUGCAACAGCUGAGGUUGUGGCCAUUUUGGAUGCCCACAUUGAAGCCACAGUGGGAUGGGCAGAACCUCUGCUGGCCAGGAUCAAAGCUGACAGGACAGUGGUGGUGUCCCCAGUCUUUGAUAAUGUCCAUUUUGACGACCUCCACGUGGAACGAUACCUCCCGUCUGCUCAAGGCUUUGACUGGGCUUUGUGGUGCAUUUACGAGUCCUUCAGGCCAGAGUGGUCGAAGAUGCAGGAUGAAUCGCAACCUGGAAAGAGUCCCUCUGUUAUGGGGAUCUUUGCAGCAGACAGAAGCUUUCUUGGAGAAAUCGGUGGGCUUGACGGUGGAAUGAAGGUUUACGGAGGAGAAAAUGUUGAACUUGGGAUCCGUGUGUGGCUGUGUGGAGGAAGUGUAGAGGUGGUGCCUUGCUCCAGGGUAGCUCACAUCGAGAGGGCACAUAAACCAUAUGCACUGGACCUCAGCCCUGCCAUGAGGAGAAAUGCAUUGAGGGUUGCAGAUAUCUGGUUGGAUGAUUACAAGAAGAACGUGCUCAUUGCCUGGAACCUUCCUUUGAAGGAUCAUGGAAUUGACACUGGUGACGUGUCCGAGAGGAAAAAGCUGAGAGAAAAGCUGAAAUGUAAACCUUUCCAGUGGUACUUGGACAACGUUUAUCCAAGUCUGGAAACAUGGGACAACAUCUUGGGCUAUGGUGUGCUGCAGAACACCCUUCUCAAGAGCCUGUGUGUGGACCAGGGAGCCAUCCCAGGAAACAUCCCCACUCUGUAUGGAUGCCAUCACCAGCAGCCACAGCACUGCUUCUACAACACAGAUUAUGAAAUCAUCAUUGGAGGGAUUAAAUCUCACAGAUACAACAGUAACCGCUGCCUGGUUGAUCCGGGCUCUGGCAGCACUCCCACUCUGCAGGAGUGUCACAUGGCCAAAGUCAACAAACUACACAUGCACUGGGACUUCAAACAGGGCAAAGCUAUCAUAAACAAAGCAACAAAGAGAUGUCUUGAGGUUGCCAUGGGAGCAAGCUCUUACUAUGAGGUCAUCAUUCAACAGUGCACUGGACAGAGCUGGAUGAUUGAGCAUCUUAUCACAAGUUUUUAGUUAUGUCCUGAAUUGAUAAUGUAUUUUGUAAUAUAUAUUAUUCACAUUUUUACUGAUUUAUAUAAAAUAAAACCAAAUCUGCCAAGUUCUGACUAA